AUGAACUACCUGACUUGUUGUCUACUUGCCUAUAUUAUCAUACAAUCAAUUCAUUCUAAUUAUUCAUUCUUAUCAUUUAAUAAACACACAUUAACUAUUUAUAAAUUAAUUUUUCAGGUAUUGUCAAUGAGUGAAGAACUUAGAAGAGCACUGUAUGCAAAUAGUGCAAUAUUAUUGGAUAUUGAUGUUAUUGUACCUGAUCUUGUUGGUACAACUGAAAUCCCAAGUAAUGAACAUAGAAAAAAUCUAUGUCGUCAUUUACCAGCAAGAGCUGAAGGAUAUUUAUGGACACUUGUAUUUAGUACAAGUCAACAUGGCUUCAGUCUGAAUAGCAUAUACAGAAAAAUAGCUAAAGUUGAAAGUCCAAUUCUUCUAGUCAUUGAAGACACUGAGGGAAAUGUUUUUGGUGUCAUUACAUCAUGCUCACUUCGUGUUAGUGAUUUAUUUUAUGGAACCGGUGAAUCUCUGUUGUUCAGGUUUACACCAAAAUUCCAAGCAUUUAAUUGGACUGGUGAUAAUCUUUAUUUUAUCAAAGGAAAUAAUGAGAGUUUGGCAAUUGGUGCUGGAGAUGGAAAAUUUGGUCUAUGGCUGAAUGGUGAUCUUUACCAAGGACGAACACAAACAUGCAGUACAUAUGGCAAUGAACCACUUGCACCACAUGAAGAUUUCGUUGUUAAAACACUUGAAUUUUGGGCGUUCAUAUAG